UCUGAACCACAACUUCUCAUUUUUACAUCCACCAGGUUAUGUUUUUAUCUGCAUUUUAUCUGCAGGAUUACGCAAAAACUACCAGAGUUUGAAAAUCAAUCCAUUUACUUUUUGAGUUCUUUGAAAAUAACAUCCUAACAACAAGACAAGAGAUUAUGAAAGUGGACAAAAGGGAGACAUUACAAGUGAAUGGAAAAUUCCUGCCAAAUAAAAGCAAAGAAAGUAUUUACUUGUGUGUGUUGUACUUUUAGAAAGUACAGAGAAAGGUGAACCGGUCAGUUGAUGAGCUGGUUUGUUUGCUGUCGGCUUUGUUUGCCUCUUGCAUCAUUUUAUUUUCUGAGUCAAAUGUUCUCGACAAUACAAAUAAAACCGAGUCCACAUUCAAACAGAGGGAGUUGUGCUUUUCCCCCGUCAGUGGUAAAGAUGAACUUGUGGCUGCUCCUGAGUGUCGCUGCCCUGGCUGAAUGCCGUUACUCCUGCCCGGACCUCUGCUCCUGCUCGUUUCGCUCAUCAGAAGUCAUCUGCAGCCGAAGCUCCCUCACACAUUUCCCUUUGGAAGGUUUGUCUAACAUCACCGUCCGACUCUCCAUCCAGUCCACCGGCCUCGCUGAAGUUACCGCCCGUCACCUGAGCGUGGUGCCCCUCUUGAACAGACUGCAGCUCUAUCACAACAACCUGACAAGCCUUCCCUCAGACCUGCUGAAGGGGGUUCCUCUCUUAAACACACUGGAUCUCACCGGGAAUCAGCUCGAUCACUUGCCUCCCGACGUUUUCAGCCACGCCUCACUCCAUAACCUGGUGCUGAAGAAUAAUCGGAUCGAAAAAGUGGACGCCGAGUGGUUCUCCGUCAACAGCAGCUUGAUAUCGUUGGACUUGUCUGGGAACCGUAUAACCGGCGUCCCGUCCGCUCUGCUCCGGAAGCUGCCUCAUCUCCAGAGCCUUGACUUGAGCGAUAACAAUCUGCAGGAGCUACAAGCCGACGCCCUGAAGAACCUGCACCACCUGGAGAUGCUGAACCUCGCCGGGAACGUGUUGACCUCCCUGAGACCUGCAACUUUCACCCACAACCUGAAACUAUCCAAACUUUUCCUGCAGGAGAAUCACCUCCGAGAUCUGCCGGCGACCCUCCUGCGGGGUCUCCGACACCUCGAGCUUCUGCUGCUUAAUCAGAAUCAGCUGCAGUGUCUCCCCUCUGGCUUUCUGGAUGAGGGGGGAUCAUCUUUUCGGGUGAUAUUAGCAGGAAACCCCUGGGUGUGUGACGAGAAGAUUGAGUUUCUGAAGAAGUGGCUCACUGUCCAUUCUCAGAAUGUUGUCUUUCUGGAGGAGGUGACCUGUGCCGGGCCCGAAGCUUUCAAACAUCGACAAGUGGCGUCUUUGACCGACAUCGAGCUUUUGUCUUCAAAAAUUUGAGAUGGAGUAAAAUAAAUAAAUAUAUUAAGUCCCAUAAUCUUUCACUCUUAUGUCAAACAAAAAAAAUACCACUCUUUCGAACCCUGAAAUAAAACUUAAAAAUCGA